AAGAAAGUUGCUCUGAUUUAUUUCAUGCACUUAUUUUUACUGUCUCCUUUUUUUGUAAAUUGGGAAUUGGCUGUCUUGCAGGUCUGGCAGCUAAGAACUUGUAUUGAUGAGGUACCAGCAAGUUAGUCCCUUGACCAACUUCUUCCCUUCUACUCCCACCUUGACCUACUCGUGGUCUCCUGCGUUGUCACAAAGUUGAGGAACAACACUUCAUUUUCCGCCUGGGCAUACUGCAACCUUCUGGAUUCGAUAUCUAAAUCUUCAACUUCUGAUGUACCUUCUGUGCGCAGUGACCUCGGUGAUCACAGGCUGUCUGGUUCUAUUCAAGAUGAGAAGCUUGCUGAGCCAGCACAAGGCAAAGCUGGUGCUGCUGUGGCAGGACCGGAUCUGCAGCUACCUGCGGGACUGGCUGACCCGCAGCACCCAGCCAGAGCGGAUGCUGAAGUACGUGCUGGAGAGGGCCGUGGCUGGUGUGCCGCAGAGUGUGGUGGACACCAUCGACGAGUUCUGCAAGAGCACUGAGUGGGCCAUGAACGUGGGCGAUGAGAAAGGUCUGAUCCUGGAUCAGAUUGUAUCGGAGGUGAACCCGAGCAUUGUGCUGGAACUGGGCACCUACUGUGGCUACUCCACCAUCCGUAUCGCCAGGCUCCUGCAGCCCGGGGCUCGCCUCUACACCGUUGAGUUUAACCCUGACACAGCAAAGGUGGCAAAGCAGAUUAUUGCCCAUGCUGGUGUGGGAGACCAGGUGCAGCUUCUGGUGGGCUCGUCCUGGGAUCUGAUUCCAGAGCUCCGGGAAAAGUUUGAUGUGAAGAAGUUGGAUUUUGUCUUCCUGGACCACUGGAAGGAGAGCUAUACCCGGGAUGCCAAGCUCUUGGAGGCCUGUGAUCUGCUUCGCAAGGGAACAGUCCUCCUUGCUGACAAUGUAAUUUGCCCAGGUGCGCCAGAUUACCUCGAGUACAUCCGUCACCACUCACGGUACCAGAGUGAGUACUACCCUUCCCACCUGGAGUACACACAGAUCGAAGAUGGUUUGGAGAAAUCGGUGUACUUGGGUUGACAGAGUCCUCGCUCUGGCCUCGGCAGUGACUACAAAGCUAUUGUAUCACAGCCAUUCUAUAAAAAUGUUAAAAAUAA